GCACCACUGAUCAAGUCGGUUGUACAGUUCUAUGCCAGUAACUAUGGUCUUAAGCGGAUUGAAGAUGUUGUCAGUAAUCACAUUUUUUGCCGUAGUUGGCGUGUGUUAUACAAGUAGUGAAGCAACAUACACGAGCUGUACCUGUUAUCGAUACGAGGCAUUCUGUUAAGACGACACAUCAGACUGGUACACAGGUAAAACGCGAUGUGAAAAUAUGGGUGGUUGGCUCGCUACUAUAGACCAGGAGUCCACAUUCGACGGGAUACGAAACGCCGUUAUUGAUGAAGGAAUGGACAACGAAGACUGUCACAAUUAUGGCUUCUGGAUUGGCUAUUAUGACGCUACCCCUGACGGUGAUGGUCACACAGCUUUGGACUUUGAGUGGCUUCAUGGUAUGUGUACUAACUGGACAGAGUGGCAGCGAAACCAACCAGAUGAUAACACAAAAAUGUCCGCCGUGGGUCAAAACUGUGUCCAGAUGUGGUUCAGGAAGAAAGGCAGAUUUGACGAUGAAUACUGCACAAAAUUGAAGGGAUAUGUUUGUCAAGUACCAGAAAGUUGCGAUUGUAAGAUGCGAGAUGAAGAUGACUAAGUAUUCCAGUUGCUAUGCCAACCAGACACUCAUUUAACAUGCGUGCAUAAAUGUUCCGUUAUUACUUGUAAUUCAGUAUUGAUAAUUUAAGUUAUUGUUACCAAUAUUAAUGUGAUUUACUGCGCAUGUCUCCCAGAAAAAUGACAAAUUAUGCAUCACGAGUUCCACCAGAAGAUAGAAUUCGUGUGCAUAUCAUGUGUAUUGCACCAGUAACAUAGUUAAUAUUGAGAAACUCGAAAAAUCUUAAUAUUAAUCCGACCGUUCUACAUGUAUUCAUUGUCAGCAAAUAUUUAAAUUGUAUUUUGAGAAGAACCCAGGCAAAAAAGUAUUUUCACAUAUACGUACCCGUUAUGUUAAGGUGUCUUCAACAGACAAUC